GUGAGUUAAUUGGCGUAGUGGCGUGCUGCUAUGGCGCUAGAUCUGCUGUGCCCUCAGGCCGUACAGAUCCAGGAAGGUACUGAGGAAGUGUUCCCGUUCCUGCAGGGACGAAGUGGUUAGGAGACACACACAGGAACAGGCAUCGGGCAAGACAUGCAAGGAGGCAGGCGGGCAGUGCUUGGGAGACAAACGUGCACAGAUCUGCUCCCAGUACCUGGACUCCUCCCUCAGCUGUGAGGAGGGCAAAGUGUGCUGUACGAGGAAAGGUCCUGCCAGCAGUGCAGACAUCCUUGACACAUUGAAGGAUGAGGGUGAUAAUGCGAUACGAAGAGGCAAAGGAAGACGAGGAAAUAUAGAGGGACAAGAACAAGAGAGAAGCGCAAGGGGAAACAGAAAAGCAACAAGAGGAUCAGAUAAAGGAAAUGGAAAGGAUAGGAAGAGGAAAACUAAGACACAGAAGAGAAAGAAGAUGAAUGUAAUGAAAAAUGAGCAAAGAAAUAAGAGGGAAAGAGGUAACAAGGAUAAGAAAUCUAAGAACAGGGAUGAAGAAGAAAGCAAGAAGAGAAGGACGAAGACAAAUGUAUUGAAGAAAAUGCUACGAAAGAAGAACAAGAAAGCAAGUAACAAAGAAAACAAAACUGGGAAUAGGAAUGUGGAGAAGAAAGAGAAGAGGAAGAAGAAAAAGACAAACAUAAUGAAGAAAAUGCUAAGAAAGAAGAACAAGAAAGCAAGUAACAGGGAAAACAAAACUGGAAAUGGGAAUGUGGAAAAGAAAGAGGAAAGGAGGAAGAAGAAGAAGACAAAUGUAAUGAUGAAAGUACUAAGAAAGAAGACAAAGGGAAGUAACAAAGAACACAAGACGGGAAAUGCAAAUAAGGAGAAAAAGAUGAAGAGGAAGAUGAAGAGAAAAAACAAGGUGAAUGGCGAUAAGAGAAUAAAAACGAAGAAGAUGAAGAACAAAAUUAAGUCAGUGAAGAAGAAGGAGGAAAAGAAGAAAGGAGAUGAGGUAGAAGCGAAGAUCAAAUUCUGCCGCACCGGGAAGAAGUGCAAGAAGGCCCAUGGCGUGUGCCAGUCUUUGUACGACAAGUGUAAGGGCAAGACACUGAAGGGAGGCUGCAAUGAUGAUGACUGUGUCUGCUGUGUCCCCAAACCCCAGUGCAAGACCAAGAAACACUGUAUGAAGAAGAAGGGUGUGUGUCAGCCCAAGAAGAAUCCCUGUAAGGGCAAAGUCAGCAAGAAGGGUUGUGCGGGCAAGGGCUGCGUCUGCUGCUACAAGAAGAAGAAGAAGUGUACGCUGACCCCUGAGUGUUACGAAGUGCACGGCAAGUGUCAGAAGAAAAACAAACCCUGCCAUGGCUGGAUCCUGUUCAACGGCUGCAAAGGGAAGCAUUGCGUGUGCUGCUAUGAUAAGAAGACCACGCCUGAUACCCCGACAACCACCACCACCUCCACCACCACCACCUCUUCCACCACUACGUCUACUACCACCACCUCCACCACCUCCACCACUACCACCUCCACCACCUCCACCACCUCCACCACUACCACCUCCACCACCUCCACCACCUCCACCACUACCACCUCCACCACCUCCACCACCUCCACCACUACCACCUCCACCACCUCCACCACCUCCACCACUACCACCUCCACCACCUCCACCACUACCACCUCCACCACCUCCACCACUACCACCUCCACCACCUCCACCACCUCCACCACUACCACCUCCACCACCUCCACCACUACCACCUCCACCACCUCCACCACUACCACCUCCACCACCUCCACCACUACCACCUCCACCACCUCCACCACUACCACCUCCACCACCUCCACCACCUCCACCACUACCACCUCCACCACCUCCACCACUACCACCUCCACCACCUCCACCACUACCACCUCCACCACCUCCACCACCUCCACCACCACUACAUCUACCACUACCACCUCCACCACCUCCACCACCUCCACCACUACCACCUCCACCACCUCCACCACCUCCACCACUACCACCUCCACCACCUCCACCACUACCACCUCCACCACCUCCACCACCUCCACCACUACCACCUCCACCACCUCCACCACCUCCACCACUACCACCUCCACCACCUCCACCACUACUACAUCUACCACCACCACCUCCACCACCUCCACCACCACCACCUCCACCACCUCCACCACCACUACGUCUACUACCACCACCUCAACCACCUCCACCACCACCUCCACCACCACCACCACUACGUCCACCACUACCACCUCCACUACCUCCACCACUACCUCCACCAGCACUACGUCUACCACUACCACCUCCACCACCACCACCACUACCUCCAGCACCACCACUACUACUACCUCCACCACCACCACUACUACCUCCACCACCACUACCACCACCACCACUACCACCACCACCACCACUACCACCACCAGCACCACCACUACCACCACCACCACCACUGUCUAAUCCAGCAGUACCACUACAGUAUGAGGCAAUGGAUUGAAGGGACCAUGAUAUGUGGAUGGGACGUGGGUGGAUAACGCAUGGCUUUAGGUGGAAAAUGCAUCAGCUCCACCUAAAAGAAAAGAACACUGACUUGAAGAAAACGGAGCGCGGUUAUCAAGAAGGCCAACUCCGUAAAAAGGGGAAAAAAGUAGAAAACUUAUAUAUCUUUACUUCCAUGUCGUUAUCAAAGUGUUACAGAUUCAUUGAACUUACGUGGUCUUUGCUAUGCUUUGUAAUAACAUUUGUGCACUUUGUAUAACAUUUCGCCCAAGAUGUUGAGUAUACAGCAUCGUCAAUGUAUGAAACCAACACUCUUAUGUGAGAAAAUACAUCCUUUUCGAACUUGCACUGCAUCAAAA